AUGACUAAAGCAGCAGAUCCAUAUUACAACCGAAAACCAGUCCCUGAUGAGCUUAUCAAGGACGUCGGCCUCACCGGCCUGACCCCAGAAGAAGAAUUCUGGAACCGCGAAAAGAAGUUUACUGCCCAGGGAGCAGAUGUUCGACGAUUUAGCAACAGCCUCCAUGGGGGCCUGGAACCUCUUGCCGAUCCAUACUACGGUCGCAGACGAGUCUCCCAGGCAGAGAUUGCGAACGUGGGAGCAACUGGCCUCACACCGGAAGAGGAAUACUGGAACCGCGAACGCAAGUACAGCGUCGGUGGCCACGACGUCAGGAAGUUCAGUAAAGGCACCAAAAGCAGCCUUGAACCCUCGACCGACCCGUAUUACUCCCGCAGGCGAGUCUCUGCCGCCGAGAUCAAGAAUGUCGCCUCUCUCGACGACCACAUGACCCCCGCCGAACAAUACGAAGUCCGCGAGCGCAAACAAUCCCUGUUCCAACUCUCCUCCGACCCCUUCGACAAUCUCGCCAAUCGUCACCGCCAAUCCGUGUCCGGGGCUGUAACGGGUGCUUCGGCCGCUGCGACCCGUCGGCGAAGCUCUGCUGUCGCUCCGGAUGCCACUGUUGCUACGGCUGCAGCGGGCCACUCCCACAGUGGCUAUGACAGUGGCCAUAAGCUGGAGCCCAUCGUUAGCAAGGCUGACGGGCCCACGGCCAGCAGUCAUAAUGGGGAGAGCAGCCUGAGUGGGCACAUCUCAGAUGAUACCUUAAACAGAGACUCGAUUGAUCCGGUGGGGGGACGGAGCGGGGAGCACACCCGGCAUUAUGAUGCGGUGACGACGGGCCACCAUCAUGACCCGGACAGCGUGGCGCCUCAUGAGGUGCGAUGA